ACACACACAAAUAAAUCACACUGCGAAGCCCAUUUUUAGACGGAAUCACGGAUUUUACGCUGAGAAAUUAGUUUGAGGCUGAAAGUGAAAAUGGGAACUCCGAUAAGAGUGGUCGCCGUCGGCGAUCUAGCGCCGUACCAUCUGUUGAAGGAUUCCGGCGACGACUCGCGCCUCAAUCAGCUCGGCUACAAGCAAGAGCUCAGCCGCAGCCUCUCGGCUGUAUCAAACUUCUCAGUGACUUUCUCAAUAAUAUCGGUAUUGACGGGGAUAAACACAUUGUACAAUCAGGGCCUAACUUUUGGUGGGCCGGUGACUAUGGUAUAUGGGUGGCCGAUUGUGGGCCUAUUCACCUUCCUUGUGGGCCUUUCUCUUGCCGAGAUCUGCUCCGCCUAUCCAACCUCCGGCGGCCUUUAUUUCUGGAGUUCUAAGCUUUGUGGUAAUCGCUGGGGCCCUUUCGCUUCUUGGCUCACCGGCUGGUUUAAUAUUGUUGGCCAGUGGGCUGUUACAACGAGCGUAGAUUUUUCACUAGCGCAGUUGAUAUCGGUAAUAAUUCUCCUCAGCACAGGCGGCAAAAACGGAGGAGGGUACGAGGCCUCUAAAUACGUAGUUAUCGCAUUUCACGCCGGAAUUCUGCUCUUGCAUGCUACCAUCAACAGUCUUCCUAUCUCGUGGUUGUCCUUCAUCGGACAGCUCGCUGCUGCAUGGAACAUCCUAGGUGUCUUUGUUCUCAUGAUCCUAGUUCCCUUGGUUGCAACCGAAGGAGCCAGCGCCGAAUUUGUUUUUACUCACUUCAACACAGAUAACGAAGUAGGAAUCGGCAGUUCGUUGUACAUAUUUGUUCUUGGACUUCUCAUGAGUCAGUAUACGCUAACAGGUUACGAUGCAUCUGCACAUAUGACAGAGGAGACUAAAGAUGCGGAUAUAAAUGGACCGAAGGGAAUAAUAAGUUCAAUUGGAAUAUCCGUAAUUGUUGGCUGGGGUUAUAUAUUAGGUAUCACAUUUGCAGUAACUGAUAUCCCAAAACUUUUGAGCCCGGAAAACGAUGCUGGUGGUUAUGCAAUUGCUGAAAUAUUUUACCAGGCUUUCAAGAGUCGGUACGGUAGUGGUGUGGGCGGAAUCGUUUGUCUCGGUAUAAUUGCUGUUGCUAUAUUUUUCUGUGGCAUGAGCUCGAUCACUAGCAAUUCCAGGAUGGCGUAUGCGUUCUCGAGAGAUGGUGCGAUGCCGUUCUCGGAAUUUUGGCAUAAAGUGAACAAGUAUGAGGUCCCUAUAAACGCAGUUUGGCUGUCGGCUUUUAUAGCUUUCUGCAUGGCUCUAACGUCACUCGGAAGCUUAGUGGCGUUCCAAGCCAUGGUAUCGAUAGCUACUAUAGGGCUCUACAUAGCUUAUGCUUUGCCGAUAUUUUUCCGAGUUACAUUGGCUCGGAAAUCCUUUUCUCCGGGCCCGUUCAACUUGGGCAAAUACGGAGUUCUUAUUGGUUGGAUUUCUGUCUUGUGGGUGGCCACAAUUUCGAUUCUUUUCUCACUGCCGGUAGCAUAUCCGAUUACCGACCAAACUCUCAAUUAUACCCCUGUUGCUGUUGGAGGGCUACUCAUUCUCACUGUUUCCUCUUGGUUUCUUAGUGCAAGGCACUGGUUAAAG